CUUCUUCUUCUUCUUCUUCUCUCUAAAGAGUUUUUUCCCUCACUAUUUCUAUGGUAAAUCGGAAAUCAUAGAUAAAUUUCCAAGGGGAAUUCGAUAGAUUAUAUGAACAAAGGAUUUUGUGAAAGUGGAUGCAGCUUUGAGGAGCUGCCAAUUUUCUGUUAUUGAGCUUUUAACUCUUCUGGAUUUGGAAUCCGAAGGAGAAUCGGAGAUAUUGUAAGCUUGGAGGUUGAUUUAAAGGUGAUUGGAGAUAAAUCUACAAUCCAAGAUCGAAUUUGAAGAUGUUUUUAUCUGUGAAAUGUUCAUCAUUCCCCUAAAUCUUUGAGAAUUGCUGUGUCUAAAACCGUUGAAUCCAAUCCCAGGCUAUGAAGAUGGGCAAACAAAUUUCAUCCUUCUACUUUUGUUGAUUCUUCAUCGAGGUUUCUAUUUUUCGAGAUAGAGCAGAUUAAAGCUUAAGAGGUGUAUUAUUAAAGAGGAAAAAAUGGAGAAGAAUAACUCUAACAGAGAUGGGUUGUUAUUGAGAGACAGAUCUCCGGCCACUAAUACCACCACGACAUCAUCAUCGGACUUCGUAUUGCAGUGGGGUAACCGGAAACGAUUGCGUUGUAUGAAGGUCCAACAACAACAACAACAACAACAACAGGCCAAGGAUAAAGAAUCGGCGGCGGCAGUGGCGGUUUCCGGUACACCGCCGGUUGGUCAACGAUCGAUCACGGCACGAGUUGAUCGCCGGAUUGUUAGGUCGCCAAAUCAUCAGAGUAAAGAAGGCGUUCCCGGUAACGGUUACAUUAAUCUCCGUCAACGAUCAUCUUCGCCGGCUCAUCGGGUACUCAGGAAUUCUUCUGAGAGUUCAAUUGGUAUGAAGGGGCAGAGCAACGGCGGUAGAGGGGUUUGUUCACCGGAGAGAGGGGGUGCGCAGGAUAAGAGGGGUGGCUAUAACAGCAACACGACGAGCCACCAUCAUAAUGGGAAAAACAAUAACGGUGGGGGUGGUGGGUCGGCGUCAUCGGAGACGGCGCUUGAUAGCAAGAAGGGUGGGACAUCGCCAGGGAGAGAAGCGGUUCCGAUGGUGUGGCCACCAAAAUUUGUGAUCGGAUUGACGAACAAGGAGAAAGAAGAAGAUUUCUUGGCCAUUAAAGGAUCUAAACUUCCCCAAAGACCAAAGAAACGAGCCAAGUUUAUCCAACGCACCAUCAACUUGGUGAGUCCUGGUGGGUGGCUUUGCGAUCUGACCCUGGAACGGUACGAGGUUAGAGAGAAGAAGAUCUCAAAGAAGAGACCUAGAGGAUUAAAGGCUAUGGGAAGUAUGGAAUCUGAUUCCGAAUAAACAAAGAAACAAGGAAGGUGAGGUGAGGUGAGGUGAGGUGAGGAGUGGGGGAGAAACAUUGACAUUUGUAUUUACUAUUUUCUAUCAAUUUUCUCCUCUUUUUCCUUUUC